AUGGCUCCGUCCAUGGGUGAGCGUAGCUCGAUCGGGAGUCCAAUUACGAGCCCUGUGAUUCUGGAACUGGGCUGCAGCGGAGAGGCAGGAUCCCGGGCGGCGAAUGACCUCGGGCCCAAAGGCGUUAACCGGCCUGUGACUAAUUCGGUUGAGUUGCUCAGCUCGCCGUCGAGCUUUCAUCGCGGUCUCUCCUGCGAGGAGGAGUUCGCCGAGUUCCGCGCCUUGCUGGGGAGACUGGAAGAGCAGUACAUUCAUGAAAUGGUUCUUCUGAGUGACGAAAACAAGCUGCUGAGAUCUGAAAUGGCCAGAAUCGUGGGAACUGGCGACAAGAUCUCUGGUGAAGCAGGCGUUGUCAAUUCGGCGAAGCUGCACGAGACCUUUGCGAUGUCAGCCGUCAUCGACCCUGAACAUUGUCAGGAGCAGCAGGCUGAGGCCUCGUUGCUACACUCUGCGGAAGGCCCGCAGCAUUCAGCAGCUUCCUCAGAGCACAAUGGCCGUGAAGAAGCGGGAGUCAUGGGCAGCGCUGCUACCACGAAAAUGAUUGCAAAGAUUGAUGCGGAGGUCGAGGCUGCCAUGACCAAGAAGCACGAUUGCGCAAGUCGCCUGGAAAGUGAUGUCUACGAGAUCACCAUCGGCCUCCUGAUCAUCGUGAACUCGGUGAUCAUGGCCAUUGAGUUCGAGUACCAAGGCUACGUGGUUGGCCACAAUUUGGACUACCGCAGGAUGGAGGGCAGCCCGGACCAGGUUUGGCCGCAUGCCGAGAGCGUCUUCUACACCAUCAACUUGGUCUUCACGAUCGCCUUCGUGGUGGACAUCGUUCUGCGCCUCACCUUCCUGCGGCUGCGCUUCUUCAAUUUGGCGUUCAAUUGGCUGGAUCUCGUGGUCGUCCUCUGCAGCGUUACUGAGAUCUUGUUCCAAGACUUGAUUCCAGUUGACACAGUCUUCAUGCGCAUGCUGCGGCUGGGGAAAGUGGCACGUGCGAUGAGAGUUGUUCGACAUACCGAGGGAAUGUCGUCGCUCAUCAUGCUGCUCAAGUGUGUGAGGGCCAGCUUCAACACACUUUGCUGGUCUUUAAGCUUCAUCGUCGUGCUGCAGUGUAUGGCGGGUAUGGUCAUGAGCCAAGUUCUUUGGCCGUACAUGAAAGAUGAGUCUGUGGACCUGGAAGAGAGGAGGGAAGUCUUCAGAUACUACGGGACAUUCACUGGAACGUUCCUGACGAUGUUCGAGGUUUUGCUUGCAAAUUGGGCUCCGCCGGCGAGAAUCCUCGUGGAUAACGUGAGCGAUUGGUUCGUCUACGUGUUUGUCGUGUACCGAUGUGUGGUGGGCUUUGCAGUCUUGAACGUAGUGUCCGCCGUCUUCAUCCAACAAACCAUGAAGGUGGCUCAGGCGGAUCAGGAACUGAUCAUAAAGCAACGGCUCAGAUCAGAGCAAGCCUAUGCCGCCAAGAUGAGAGUCUUGGCUGAGUUAGUGAACGGAUUGAGCUUCGCGCAGCACUGCCACGACACGCUUGGCAGCCCACCUCAGAUCCCUCCGUCUUAUCGAGGAACCUUGGAGGCCCUGUCAUCUGCAGAUACUGCCCGCUUGGAUUCAACCAAAGGGAAGCCAGCUGAAGAGGACGAUGAGGACCUCACCACGGCACGGCUCCGCUUGAAGCAGGAGAUCCGUGCCGCACUUCGUCAGUGUUCGAGCAUUCAGGUGCUUGACGCCACGCUUGCAGCUGUCAGAGGCAAGCUGCCACGGCAUGCUCGGCCUCCUUUAGAGGGCGAAAAGCCGCUGAGACAUCUCCUCGCCACGCUGGGUCCUGCAAAGAAGGCAAAAAAUCCGCGGAAAGUGGGCAAGCUGAUCUCUCAAGCACUGCGCCAGGAGAUUCGCCGGAGUUCGAACAAGGGGGGUGGGGAGGAGAGCCACCGGCGAUUCUCCCUGGCACGUCUGGCGAGUGGAAGAGGCAAGAAGCGGGACCCGCGCAGCCCACGGAAGGCCAUCUUCCGGAGAGGGGACGAGCUGGCCUCCGUCCUGCAGUCCUUCGAGCCAGAGGUGGCACAGCUGGAUCAGCUGAUCCUGGCAGCCUUUCGUCAGGUCGGCCGUGGCGGACGGUUGAACAAGAAGGACCUUCGAAGAGCCUUGCGACUUUGUGGCUUCAAGGAUGUCAACAACGACUGGCUGGAGGAAAUUUAUGAGAGCUUGACCAUGGUCUCCUUCAUUGACGCAGAGGAUUUUGAGAAGCUUGUGACUGAAUAUGAUAAUCGGCAGAGAGAGGCAUACUUCGAGGCCUUUCAAAAGUUCGACGUCGACCACAGCGACCAGAUCAGUACGGAAGAGCUGCAAGAGGUCUUGCGAUCUCUGGGUCUCGUGGUGCAGCCCAGCCUGCUUGGGGAGAUUAUGCGCAAGGUGGACUAUGACGACAGUGGCGAGUUGUCCUUCGACGAGUUCGAGCAACUGAUGAAGCUCCUAGCAGACUCCGACGGCUUCCCCGAGUCCGAGCAUGAGGAGCUGAAGAAGGCCUUUAAACGCUUUGAUGGCUCCGGCGAUGGCGUGCUGGAUUUGCAGGAGUUCCUGGGAACGCAAGGCUGGCUCGGAUACCAGCUGAAGAUGAAGGAUUUGGAAGACAUUUUCCAUGAUGCUGACGUGGACGGGCGAGGCACCCUUGAGUACGCUGAGUUCGUGCAAGCCAUGAAGGCGGUGCGUGAAGUUGAGAUGAAGGAGAUCCAACAAGUUUUUGAGGACCAAGAUCAGGAUCGUAACGGUCUGUCGCCUUCUGAGCUGGAAGGUGCAUUGAAGGUCCUGAAUUACGACUGCGACUUGCAAGUGGUGUUGGAGGUUGCAGCGCAGGUCUCGGAGGCCAAGGGUGGCCCCAAGCGGCUUGAGCUCAGCUACGAAGACGCACUGGAUUUUCUUCACAGAUACCGCACCUGCGAAGGCUUGACACAGGCCGAGAUGCAGGAUCUCGAGCAGGCCUUCAAGCGAUAUGAAAGUGAUGGCUCCGUCCGUGCUCGAGAUGUCCAAAAGGUUCUGAGCUGGUUCGGCCAUGACCUCUCCCCCGAAGAGGUGGAUCGAUUUGCACGAAAAGCACAGUGCUCGGAAGGCCACUUGACGCUUCAAGACGUGAAGAAGCUCUUGCGCAUGGAGCGUGAGGAGGCCACGGAGCAUUACCAGAAGGUCUACCGCAGAGACCACGGCACACAAGAGAUCAGCAGCCAGCAAGCAGCCUUGCUCUUUGCAGAGCUCCAGCUGGAGGCGCGCAGUGCCAACAACUUCGAGCUGGGCUUAGCCUCGGCCUUCCGCAAAGGAGGUGGGGGCUUCUCACCAGAGAGCUUUGUACGGACCUGCCUGAAGCGGCGGAAGGCCAAGGCCCAGGAGAGGAGGGAGACGGCAGGCUUCGACAAGGAGCUGGGACAGCUGAAGGAGCUCUUCGCCAGCCUUGCGAAGGGCAACCGCCGCCGGGAUCCGGACCAGGGCCUCUCUGCGGAGGAUGUGGGCCACGCGGCAAGGACCCUCUUCACCUUCGGUGUGGUGGAGCCGCUAAAGGCUUCCUUGAGCGAGCUCCUUCGGGAUCUGGAGCGCAAGACGCCCAUCAGCUUCAAGGCCUUCCUACGCCACAUGCGCUUCUUCGUCGACCUUUUUGUGAAGGAUUAUGCCUUGCGGGAACAGCUGGCCAUCCGAGACACAGGCUUCUCCGUUCAAGAGGUCGAGGACUUCCGACAGCUUUUCCUGGAGAGCCUGGAGUAUCGGGAGGGAAUUGUUUCCGUUGGGCAGCUCCUGUCCUUGUCCGACCUGCGUCGGGCAUUACCGCUGACCGAGAGGAGCCCGGCAUUGGGCUCAGUGAAUGCCGUCAAGGGUGAAGCCGUGCAGCUCUUGAACGGGGUGUCCAAGGCAAAGCCCGAACAAGACAAGAACAUGGUGGUCAACUUCCCGCAGUUCUUGCGGAUUGCCAAGCAACUGCUCCAAGCAGCGGCCAAAGAGAAACAACUCAGAUCGCUCAGCCACAGCUUCACUCGAGAGUUUUUCGACAAGUUGGACACAGACCACACCGGCUUCUUGACGUGGAAGGAGUUCAGCGAGGUCCUUCGGAAGCCAGAGUUGCGAUCCUGGAUGGCGACCCUGGAGCUGGAGACGUUCGACCUUGUGAACCUCUUCCACAUGAUCGAUGACGGUGAUGGAGCCAUCACGGUGGCUGAGUUUCUGGACGGUGCCAUUCGCCUAAGAGGCGUGGCCAAGAGCCUGGACUUGGCUCAGGUGCUCAGCACAACGCGUCGAGUGGAUGCCAAGAUCGAGGCGUGCCUUAUGGCCAUCCAGAAGUUGUCGCACGAGACCGACGUCGAAAGCUUGAAGAUGACGGCUCCCAUUCUCGAGAAGUGA